AUGGACCGCGGCCAGUCCAGCCCGGAGCCCGCGGCCCCGGUCGCCCCCAGCCCGAGCGUGAUCGCUCCGGUGCGCGCCGUCGUCCGCCUGCGCCACCAAGUGCGCCUCCUGCGCAAGCGGCGGCCACCCCCGUCGGCCGUGGAGCCGGGCCCCGGGGCUGCGGCGCCGCGCGUCCUCCGGGAGCAGCCGCAGUUCUUCACCUUCGACGGGCCGGCCGAGCUGGCCUCGAGACCGGCGCGGAAGCGGCGCCGGCGCAGCCGCCUGGUGCUCUACCCCGAGACCUCGCGCAAGUUCGGGCCGCGCGCCGAGCGCCAGAGCCGCGCCCAGCGCUGCCUGCUGUUGCUCGUGGCCAUCGUGGGCUUCCAGGUGCUCAACGCCAUCGAGAACCUGGACGACAACGCGCUGCGCUAUGACCUCGACGGGCUGGAGAAGACGCUGCAGCGCGCCGUGUUCGGGCAGCCGGCGGCCGUGGGCCGCCUCGUGGCUCUGCUGCGGGACUACCUGGCCACGCACGUGCACAGCCGCCCGCUGCUGCUGGCGCUGCACGGGCCCAGCGGCGUGGGCAAGAGCCACGUGGGCCGCCUGCUGGCGCGCCACUUCCGCGCGGCGCUGGAGGACGGCGCACUCGUGCUGCAGUACCACGCGCGCCACCACUGCCCCGCGCCGCGCGCCGCCGCCGGCUGCCGAGAGGAGCUGGCGCGGCGCGUGGCCGACGUGCUGGCGCGGGCCGAGGCGGAGGAGAAGACCCCGCUCCUGGUGCUGGACGACGCGGAGCUGCUGCCGCCGGUGCUGCUGGCCGAGCUGCACGGCCUCCUGCAGCCGCAGCGGCCGCCGCGCUUCCACAACGCCGUCUACGUGCUGCUCAGCGGCGCGGGCGGCGCUGAGGUCACGCGCUUCGUGCUGCAGAACGCGUCCCGCUCGGGGCGCGCCGACGGGCCAGAGGAGCUGCGCGCAGCCGAGGAGGAGCUGCGCGCCAGCCUGCGCGCGCUGCUGACCCGCCAGCAUCCGCUGUGGGAGGCCGCAGCCAUCGUGCCCUUCCUGCUGCUGGAGAAGCGGGACGUGGUCAACUGCUUCCGGGAUGAGAUGGCCGCGGAGGGCUUCUUCCCGGAGCAGGCCCGGGCCGAGCUGCUGGCCGCGCAGCUCAGCUACUACCGCGUGGCCGGCCGUGAGUUCGCCGUCACCGGUUGCAAGCAGGUGGUAGCCACGGUCAACCUCUUGUAG